UAAAGUAAAUAACGGGGUAAUUUUGUGUUUUGAAUAGUAUUCGCUAAAAUUACACUUCGAACAUCAUGCACAAAAAUUUAACAAGAUGACAUAGAAAAGAAAGAAUAAUGUUCUUGUUUUAUUCUUUGUAUUUUACCAUGCCUGAAUGAAACAAGACGGAAUGCGAAAAAGGUUUUUGCUUCUUUAGUUUAGAUUCUUCUGUAUUUUGAUCAAACUCCAUCGCAGGACAAAACAUAACGAGGUUUCUAAUGCAUAAGUUUCAAGAUAUGACUCCAGAACUUCAGCAAGUUUAUGAUCAAGUAAGAAUGAAACAUGUAUAUUCGAAUAUAGAACGAAGAACAUCAAGUAUUUUAGCACAAACCUGCGAUUGAAUCGAAAAUACGUGAAACAUUUCCUCAAGUACCAAAAGGAUUCCAACUGCAACCGGUUAAAGGAUCUGCGGUGAAUGCUUGUGCUAUGAUGUAUCGUUUCAAGGUUCGAAUAUCAGACAAGAACGAAUGUGCAGAGGUAAGAUUCAAUGUAGGUGGCUUGCGAGCGCCCAAUUCACCACCUGAAGAACCAACAAUCGGAAUACAGUCAGAACUUGUCAGUGUUGAUGGUGAUUAA